AUGGCAAAGGCUCUUAAGAGACAACCAGAUUGGGUAUUGCAAAAGCUUGGAUUAGAAAGAGAUGCCAUUCAAAGUCGCAAGUCAAAUAGGGUUGAACAAGAGAAAGGAAGAGAUGUUGUGGAUAAUAAUUAUGAAAAGAGGGACAAAUGGGAAAAUAUACCUUACAAUGAAAAUAGAAACACAUAUAAUUAUGGACAAUACAAUAAUCAUAAUGAUGAAAGAAGAACUAAGAGUGGGGAAAUUGUUGGUAACUACAAUGGUAGAGAUAGGAUCAAUAAUGUAAGCAAUAAUAGGGGGAAUUAUGGUAACAAUGGAAACUAUGGCCACAAUGGUAAUGGGAACAAUCAAAAUGGAAAUAACAAUAAUGGUGGAGGUAACAAUGAAAACAAUGGUAAUAAUGGAGGAAAUAGAAAUUACCAAACUAAAAACUAUGGUGGCAGACCACCUAUGACCAUUGAAAGCUACAAACAGUUAGAUUUCAGCGAGAUAGCUAGAUAUCCUAAUCAGAUUUCAAAUGAUUUAAGAUCAAAUAUCCCUAAAUUCACCAGAAAUGGAAUUGAUUUUGUAGAACAACAUGUAAUAAAUGUAAAAAAUAUCAUUGAAGAGUUUGAAGUCCCUUACGAAGAUGUUUUUAUGAAACUGUUUGUUCAAUCUCUAACAUAG